AAACUAAUCUCUCCCCACUUUUUUCCAAUCAACCACUACAUAAUAUAUCGCACACUAAUGUCACAGUUAGAGAAGAAGUUGAAACCAAUAGUUGACGCAAUUAACAAGGGUAAAAAGGUUACCUUUUUUAAUGGAGCAGGGAUCUCAACUGGUGCUGGUAUACCAGAUUUUAGAAGCCCUGAAACUGGGUUAUAUGCCAAUCUUGCCAAAUUAAACUUACCAUUUGCCGAAGCAGUAUUUGACAUUGACUUUUUCGAGGACAAUCCCAAACCUUUCUAUACAUUAGCAGAAGAAUUAUAUCCUGGAAAGUAUGCUCCAACUAAAUUCCAUUACCUCAUCAAAUUGCUUCAGGAUCAAGAUUCUUUACUACGAGUCUACACUCAGAAUAUAGAUACAUUGGAAAGAUUAGCCGGAGUGGAAGAUGAUUAUAUCGUUGAAGCACAUGGCUCAUUUGCCAGGAACCAUUGUAUUAAAUGUCAUCGAGAAAUGGACAAUGAAACAUUAAAGAAACAUAUGCAUGACGAGACCAAAGAUGGGAUACCAACAUGUGAAACGUGUCAAGGGUAUGUCAAGCCAGAUAUUGUAUUCUUCGGUGAAGGACUUCCUGGCAGGUUUUUCCAACAAUGGGAUGAAGAUUGUGACGAUGUUGAAAUUGCCUUGGUGGCAGGAACUUCAUUAACUGUAUACCCAUUUGCAAGUUUACCAGCAAGUCUUGGUAAAAAGAGUUUACGAGUUUUAAUUAAUAAGGAAAAGGUUGGUGAUUUUUCAGAUAAUUAUAGGAAAUCUGAUAUUGUAAUUUUGGAAGACUGUGAACUUUUCGCUGAACAAUUAUCUUCAAUGCUUGGACUUAGGGAUGAAUUGGAAGCUCUAGUUGAACAAUCUAAAAGCAAGUUUGGCACUGGUAAACAUAUAUCUCCUGAAACUACUGUGGAUGAAAUUGAAGAGAAGUUGAAGGUGGAAGCCCACCUUCAUGAAAAGAAAGAAGACGAUGAUAUCACUGAGUUGACUGAAAAGACCGAGAAGAUUGGUUUAACCGAAGAAACGUCAUUUAAUAAUAAGGAGAAGGAAGAAAAGGCUAAAGCAAGAGCUGAAGCGAAGGAAAAGGCAAAAAUUGAAAAGUUGGAGGAAAUAGCAAACACAUAUUUGUAGAAAAUUGAAGUGUUGCCAAAACAAAAAAAAAAAGAUGCUGCGAAAGUUUGUACAACUUAUUUUGCAAAUAAUUCCCACAACAAUAAGUUCCCGUAUCAAUUUAUUUUAUGGAUUUGUCGCAGAAUCUUCACUGUCCUCUGCCAAGAGAAGCAAGCUACCACAACAUUAUGACAAGCACGAUAUUGUAAUGUCAAUAUACAAGCUGAAAUCAGAUUCCUUGGAUAAGAGCUUGGUAAUUCUCAAUUGUGAAAACUUUCAAUUGAAUUUAGUAUUCUUCUGUGAUUCCUUUAUUCGUAGCAUUAAUCAAAUAAAAGUGUAUGUUCCUACCGUCAAUCUUUUGCUCGUGGUUCCAAUGAACUCUCAAAUAGACAAGUUAAAAUAUAUAGUUAAUUCAAAUAUUAAUGAU